UAGCUGUGGGUUAUCACGCCUCUCUUGGGCUUUUGCUUGAACACUGUCAAAAUCUGCUCAUCACUCUCUCUCUCUCUCCUCUUUGCGGCAACAUUGGGUGCUCUGUUCAUCACUCUCUACUACUGAUCUGAAGCACAUUUCAAGCAUACUCUUUUUCCUAAUCCCAAACAUCAACAAUGCCGGCCCCUGAUAUCUUUGGUGACCGCCAAUCUGGCCAAGACGUCCGCACUCAAAACGUGGUUGCUUGUCAAGCAAUAGCUAACAUCGUUAAAUCCUCACUUGGCCCUGUUGGUUUAGACAAGAUGUUGGUUGAUGAUAUUGGAGAUGUUACAAUUACAAAUGAUGGUGCUACCAUUCUUAAGAUGUUGGAAGUUGAGCAUCCUGCUGCUAAGGUACUUGUGGAGUUGGCAGAACUCCAAGACAAAGAAGUUGGAGAUGGAACGACAUCCGUGGUUAUUUUUGCAGCAGAAUUGCUCAAGAGGGCAAAUGAUUUGGUGAGGAAUAAGAUCCAUCCAACAUCUAUAAUUAGUGGAUAUAGGCUUGCGAUGAGGGAAGCAUGCAAAUAUGUUGAUGAGAAACUUGCUGUUAAGGUUGAAAAGCUUGGCAAAGACUCGCUGGUAAAUUGUGCAAAGACAAGCAUGUCGUCAAAGUUAUUAGUGGUAGACAAUGACUUCUUUGCAAAUCUGGUAGUAGAUGCAGUACAGUCAGUAAAAAUGACAAAUGCACGUAGUGAAGUGAAGUACCCUAUCAAGAGCAUCAACAUACUUAAAGCUCAUGGAAAGAGUGCAAAGGAAAGUUAUCUGUUGAGAGGUUAUGCUCUUAACACAGGCCGUGCUGCCCAAGGAAUGCCCACCCGUGUUUCUCCAGCAAAGAUUGCAUGUCUUGAUUUCAAUCUCCAGAAAACAAAAAUGCAAUUAGGUGUCCAGGUUUUAGUCAAUGAUCCAAGAGAACUUGAGAAAAUCCGUCAAAGAGAAGCUGAUGUGACCAAAGAGCGUAUUGAAAAGCUAUUAAAAGCUGGAGCUAAUGUUAUUCUAACCACUAAAGGAAUUGAUGAUAUGGCGCUCAAGUAUUUUGUAGAGGCUGGUGCAAUUGCUGUUAGACGUGUGCGGAAGGAUGAUAUGCGCCAUGUGGCCAAGGCCACUGGUGCAACUCUGGUUUCUACUUUUGCUGACAUGGAAGGUGAGGAAACUUUUGAGCCUUCUUUUCUUGGACAAGCAGAAGAAGUUGUAGAGGAACGUGUUGCGGAUGAUGAUGUUGUCAUGAUUAAGGGAACCAAAAACACUAGUGCGGUUUCUUUGGUCCUCAGGGGCGCAAAUGACUAUAUGCUUGAUGAGAUGGAAAGAGCUUUGCAUGACGCUUUGUGCAUUGUUAAGAGAACCCUUGAGUCAAAUGCGGUAGUAGCAGGUGGAGGGGCAGUUGAGGCUGCAUUAUCCGUGUACCUGGAGUACCUGGCUACAACGUUAGGGUCAAGGGAGCAAUUGGCAAUCGCUGAAUUUGCUGAAGCCUUGCUAAUCAUACCUAAGGUGCUUGCUGUAAAUGCUGCUAAAGAUGCAACUGAACUAGUUGCCAAGCUCCGGGCUUACCAUCAUGCUGCACAGACCAAGGCUGACAAACAGCAUUUGUCUAGCAUGGGAUUGGAUCUGUACAAGGGUGUCGUGCGUAACAACCUCGAAGCUGGAGUCAUUGAACCAGCAAUGAGCAAAGUCAAGAUUAUUCAGUUUGCAACGGAAGCUGCUAUUACUAUUCUCAGAAUAGACGAUAUGAUCAGGCUUGCCAAGGAUGAGAGCCAGAAUGAUGAAUGAGUAGGGAAUGUUAAACGGGAAGAGUAGAAUCAACGCCGUGGCUGUUGCAGUUUUGGGCAUACUUGUACUGUAUUUGUAGAUUUGAUAUCUCUGAUUGUGAUACAUGAUUGACAGGUGUGCUUACCUGCCUCAGAUUUUGUUUAUGUUGAGAUAGAAGGUUGAUCUUUUA